UCUUUAUUUCACACACUCGAUUAAUCCAAUAAAGGAAAUAUAAAAAAAAAAAAAAAAACGACUAGCUAACUGGGCGUGUAUUUACUCCAACAUUCCAACUUAAAUUGUUAUAGAAAAAGUCGGCCAAAAUAAUCAUCUUUUCUAUCCAUUCACUUUGCAAAUUAUACGUGAAUCAGUUCAACCACAAACUGUGAUUUUUAUUCAUCAAAAAAUAAUAAAAUAUUCAUUAAUAAAUAAUAAUAAUAAUAACAACAAUAAUAAAUAAACAAAGGAAUUAAAAAAAAAAAAAAAAAUUAAAAUGGUGGUACAGAGUGAAUUUUUGUGUACAAAAAAGUGAUUUAUUUUUUCAAGGUUUUAAAAUGUGAAAAAAAAGAAAAAAAAAACCAUUUUUUACAAUCAUGAUGAUAAUGUUUAUCAUAGUUUUGUGACGUAUAGACCUUGGAUGAAAUCAUCAGAACCAUCUGAUUCAUUCAUACACACUAUUGUGACGAAAAAAAAACAUAAAAGUCUCUCCUAACCACAUUAAUGUGUCAGUUGAUGUGAAAUUAAAUAUUUAAAAUUGAAAUGUUAUAAAUAAUAUAAAAAAAAAUGAAGGUGACAGUUUGUUUUGAUAAUAUAAGAGUUGUGGUGCCUUGUGGUGAUGGUAAUUUGUUGGUACGUGAUUUGAUGCACGAGGCAAUACUUCGUUAUCGUAAAGCAACUGGUAAAACAGAUGCUGGACCAACAAUAACAAGUUUAUCAUCAUUAUCUGGUGGUGGUUUACUUGAUCCAGAUGAUAAAUUAAUUGACGUUGCUGAUGAUCGUGAACAAAUAUUAGCACAUUUAUCAAAUCAAGAUAAUGGCUGGCGUCAGCAUGUUGGUGGUGGUGGUGGUGAUGGUUCAUCAUCAGUUGGUACAAAUUCACCAGAUUAUUAUCAGCAUGAUUCACGUUUUAUUGAUAUUAAUAAUGUUAAAUUAAAUACAAAUAUUAAAAGAGAAAGUGUCAAACGUCUUUCAAUGCAUGGUUUAUCAUCACGUGAUUAUCAACAACAACAACAACAUCAACAGCAUCAACAACACCAGCAUCAACAACAACAACAACAUCUUGUACCACAAUAUUCAGCAUUAUCAUUACCACGUGAAUCACGUAGACGUGAGCCACUUGGACAAGAUUCAGUAUUUGAUUAUUACAGAUUAAAAAAUGAUCCAUUUGAUAAUAUUGAUAUUAAAAAUAUCAUUAUUAAUAAUGAACCAGGACCACUUGGUUUACAUGUUGUACCAUGUAUUGAUUUACUUGGUAAUGAUCAGGGUCUACGUGUUGAAGGCAUUGAUCCAAAUUCACGUAUUGCAAAUGAUGGACAAAUUGAUAUACAUGAUAAAAUAUUAAAAAUAAAUGGACAUAAUUUAUUGAGAAUACCAUUUACAAAAGUACAUGAUAUAUUUCGUAAUUGUGCAAAUGAAAAAUUUUUAACAUUAUCAAUUAUUAAAAAUUCAAAAACAGCUAAUGAUAUUAAUAAUAAAAUUAAUGAUAAUGAUAAUACAAAUAAUAAAAUGUUGUUUAAAAAAAAAAAAAAUGAUCAUAAAAAACAAUCAACAACAACAACGACAAUAAAUGAACAACAACAACAACAACAACAAAAAAUACAUGAUGAUAUAAAUAUAAAAAAGCUACAAUGUUCAAAUUAUAAUUUAUUACAAAAUGCAAAUACAAGAAAAAUUGGUAAAAUGAUUGAUAUUGAAUUAACAAAAAGUAAAGAUGGUCUUGGUUUUAGUUUAACAACACGUGAUAAUCCAGCUGGUGGUAAUGCUCCAAUAUACAUUAGAAAUAUAUUACCAAGAGGUGCUGCAAUUGAAGAUGGACGUUUAUUAUCUGGUGAUAGAUUACUUGAAAUUAAUAAAAUACCAAUGACUGAUAAAUGUCAAACAGAUGUUGUAACAUUAUUACGUAAUAUUAAAAUUGGUGAUAAAGUAUUAAUAACAGUAUCACGUCAAGAAGAAAUUAAUAAUUCAAAUGACAAUAGUAAUAAUAGUAAUGAUAAUAAUGAUGAUGAUGAUAAUAAUAAUAAAAAUAAUAUUCCAGAAACAACACCAGACAUUCCUACAAAAAAUAUUAUUAAAAAUAAAAAAUAUGAUUCAAUUGAUGGUAAAAAUAAUAGUAAUAAUAAUAUUAAUAAUAGUAAUAAUAGUAAUAAUUAUGAUGUAUUAUUAUCACCACGUAAAAAUAGAAUAAUAUUAACAUUUGAUAUACCAGUUCAUGAUUCAGAAAAAGCUGGUCUUGGUGUUAGUGUUAAAGGUAAAACAAAUAGUAAUGAUGAUAAUUCAUGUAUUGAUGUUGGUAUAUUUAUUAAAAGUGUUAUACAUGGUGGUGCUGCAUCACGUGAUGGUAGAUUACGUGAAAAUGAUCAAUUAUUAAAUAUAAAUGGUAUAUCAUUAGUUGGUUUAUCAAAUUCUGAUGCUAUGGAAACAUUAAGACGUUCAAUGUUUAAUACAAAUUCUCCAAUAUCUGAUAUUAUAACAUUAACUGUUGCACGUAGAGUAUCAUUGUAUGAUAAUAAUAAUCAUACACAAUCAUCAUCAUCAUCAGCAACAUUGCUAAAUGAUAAAAAAAAUAAUUAUUAUGAUAAUAUGUGUCAAAUUGAUACGACAAAUGGUAUUUAUAUUAGUGAAAAGUUGAACAAACCAAUUGGUGAUGAAGAUAAAAAUAAUAACAUUCAUAAUGAUGAUGAUGAUGAUGUUGUUAAUGGUGGUGGUGAUGAUGAUGAUAAUGACAAUGAUGAUGAUGACAAUAAUAAUAAAGAUUUAUUAUCACCAUCAACAUCAUCACCAUGGAAUCCAGUUAUUGAUCGUUUAACUGAUCAAUAUAAUAAAAAUUCAUUGAGAAAUGAAAGUUAUUGUCUUGCUACAAAUAAAACAUGGCUUGAACCAAUUUCUAAUAGUAAUAAUAAAAAAUUUACACUUGGUCUUGAUAAAGAUUUAAUAAAUGAAGAAUUAAAUAAUCAUGGUGAGGAUGAUGAUGAUGAUAAAGAUAGCAAUAAUUAUAUGAAUGAAACAAUAUAUGAUGAUACAUUGGAUGAAUUUAAUAGUGUUAAUAAAUUUUCACGUGAUGCUCUUGGUAGACAAAGUAUGUCAGAAAAACGUCAUGCUGCAUUGGAUGCUAAAAACACUGAUACAUAUAAACGUAAUAAAAAAUUACGUGAUGGUAAAAGUAAAGAAUCAUCAAUGAAUAAUGAUGAUGAUGCUGAUGAAGAUCAAGAUGAUGAAAAAAAAAAAAAAAAUAAUUCAACAUUUGAUAAUAAUGAUAGCUCAUUGACAAGUAAUAAUAAAAAUAUAAUACAUAAUAAAAAAGAAGAAAGUUCAUUUGAAGCUGCUAGAAAAAAAUUUGAAAAAAAUUUAAAUUUAAAUGAUAGUAGUGAUAAAUCUGAAUAUGUUUAUACAAUACCUGGUUGUAAUAAUAAAUAUAUACCAGCACGUAAACAUUGGCUUGUUGAUGAUGUACAUGUUGAUGUUGGUAUUGGUGGUAUUGAUGAUGAACAAUUAAAAAAUAAUUGUCAAGGUUUUUCAAAUUCACGUGGUGAUGUUAAACAAUCAUCAUUAAAUUCAGCACUUGAUGAUAGAUAUAAAAAAAGUAAAAAAAAAAGUGGUAUUAGAUCAAUGUUGAGACUUGGAAAAAAUCGUAAAUCACUUAAUUUUGGUGAUAAUAUUGAAACUAGACAUGAAACUAGUAAUUAUUGUAGUGGUACCAUUAAUUACAUUGCAUAAAAUUAUUUAAACAAUUAACAAUUAAAUAUACUUCCAUGAUUUUUUUUAAAUUUUAAAUUUUAA